GGAGGAGGAGGUUGGAGGUGGUGGUGGUGUUUGCUGCAGUGACUUUAAAGUGAACUUCCUGGCAUCAAUCACACAAUCAACGUCGCGCCCCCCACCCCCGGAGUGGGCGGACGCACGGCCACACGGAGUCUCUGGGGCGAGCGAGAGGCAAGCUCCUCGCACACAUCCACACACAUCACCACCACCACCACACACUGUUCUCACACGCUGUUGUUACAGCAAGGUCUCACACUCGACACGACACACACGGAGAGUUUGCACACAGACGCAGACGGAGAGUUACGCAGACGGGGAGUUACACACACACACAUAUAUACGACGUAACAAUUUUUUUUCAUUUUUUGUCUCCAUCAUCGUCUUCAUCAUCGUCUUCAUCAUCAUCGUCAUCUUGUAGAUUCAUUGAGUGUCAUCUUGUGGAAUCAUCGAGUGUCGUCUUGUGGAAUCAUUGGGUGUCAUCUUGUGGAAUCAUCGAGUGUCAUCUUGUGGAAUCAUCGAGUGUCAUGGAAUCAUUGGGUGUCGUCUUGUAGAAUCAUUGAGUUAGAAAGCCCCUUGGGGGGUGGCGCGGGACGUUCGCGUCUCAUCCGCGACUCUGUGAUGCGUCCGUUCCAAAGAGUCGAAGAGCUCCGCGCCGCUCCUGCUGCAAGAGACGCCACAUAGCCAGCAGCAGCAGCAGCAGCCAGAUCCCGUGCGCCGCCGCCGACGGGGGAAAACGUCGGGAGGGAUUUCUCGUCGUUCUCAAGGCGAAAAUGAACUUUUGCCAACCGUCAGGCUUGCUCGUAACACACGCGCUGGUGAAUCUUCACCUUUCAUAGUUGGGGGAUCUCCGUCCUUUCAACCAACGCGCAAGCACUGCCGCUGCUGCCCGGUGGGGUGGGUGGGCGGAGUGAGGGGUGGGGGGGUACCUUCGCCUCUCCUCUGCUGCUCUCGCUGUCCAAAAGUCUGAAGGCACCAAACUCAGCUCCGCCAGCCAUGGCAGACAAGAGCAGCAGGCGGGCCGGAGACAAGGCCAGCAGCAGCAGCGGCACUGUUCAGUACCGCUCCGUCUACAACAAGUACAUCGGGGGCCGUGCUGGCGGGCAGCAGCAGCAGCAACAGCAACCUCCCCGCGGAGGGAUGCGUGCCCCCGAGGGAGAAGAGGCCACCAGGACCAGGGUCGUGGCCCCCUCACGCCGAGAGAAAACAAAGGCGGCCGUGGACAGCACCGCUCCGCCGCCAGUGAGGAAGAUGCACAAUGUGGCCCCAGCCAUCCUGCAGCUGUCGCGGCACUUCCAGGGCUCUCCGCAGGAGGACAGGUCUGCAGUUGGAGGAGGAGGAGGUGCGCCUGGGAAGGCCGGGUCUUCAAAACCUCUGGACAGGACGUCAAGGCGGGGAACCGUCUCGCCUCCUGCCUCGCACAUACCGGUGAUCAACUCUGGGACAAAACGUGUUGCUGCGAGAGAGAGGAAAUUAGUGGAGGCUGCGGAGCCCAAGUUGUCUUCGUCAACGUCAUCGCUGCCUCCGGCUUCUCCGGUAUCAACAGUGAUGAGCUCGGAGCUCAGUUCAGACCAUGUCCAGAGCUCCUCAACAUCCUCGCCAGCACCUCCGCCGCUCUCACCUGAGGUGCACCUGGAGGAGGAGAGAGAUGUCCCGGGGGACGUUUCGGCUUUGGACGCACAGAGCCACCAGCCUCUCGGCCACGUCCAGGGGACCACAGGUGAGAGUGUCACGGGCAGCCAGGAAAUGAGCUGGCCUAGUGUGGCUGAGAUUAAGGCCAGAUUCCUAGGUGAAGGAAACCGGAGGAAACCCCACCGCUCCACGUCUGACAUGUAUGACUUGAAUGCAUUUGGAUCGUCCGAUGGCAAAAUUUAUCAAGCUUUGGCGUCCACAAACGCCAAGCCGGAUGGCACCAGGUGGCUGCCCUCGUUUUUGGAGAGGCAGACAAAUUACGUGCGCCCGCAAGGUUCUGGUAAAAACUCGACUCUUACUCCAGUGCAAUCCGAAGACUCUGACGGUGGAAGAAGCUUGAGGAAUCUGGGUCGAAGUGUUUCCCUGAGUCCCAUCCCUGAGCCAAAGGUCACCAGGAGUCGUCUCGAGCGGAUUUGCUCCCUUCAGCUUGGGAGCGGCGGCAAGAGGGUUCACCGGGGCGUGGCGGUGGCAGGUGUGCAAGCAAGUCCGCAAACGAGCUACAGCCCAAACGGAAGGGCUUUGCAGGAUGGGGCAGAGAGCUUGAAGUCCUGGUGCAGCUCCUCCACCUUGCGCUCUGUAUCCUCCAUUACGGAAAGUUCUGGAGCCGAGGAAGACUUGGAUAGAGGUCGGAGAGAGUGGGCCACAGCGAAAAGGGAUGGCUCAGACUCGAAAGAGAAAUCCACUGACAGAGACCGGGAUAAUGCCCGAAUACCAAUGCUCUGCAGAAACAGCCAAAAACGUAGGCCUAUUCGUAAAAAGAAGAGUUCUUUUGGGGAAGGGGGGAAGAACGAUUCGGACUCUGAUAGCGACCUAUCUGCCAGUGCAUCGCUGCGCAGACGGAGGACGGCUAUGCCGGGCGGGUUUCACGGACAAAGCCCGGGAAACGGAAGUCCGAAAAGCACCUUCAAUAAUAAUCAAAAAAUCCACCCCAUCAACCUGGCUUGUGUCUCGGGAUUCGCGACGUUGCCUAAGAGUAAGGAGCCGAGAGGGCUGCAUGGACACAGGGAGGAGUGGGGCGGUGCCCGGAGAGAUUCGUCCCUUGAGCCCGACAGCCCCGGUGUGUCUCCAGUCGUCUCCAAAGUGACCAAGGUGAACCUGCAGUCAUUCUUGAACGCGGCCAACAGCUCCAAGAGCAGCAGCCGCUACUCGAGCACGGAGACGCUGACAGAGGAGGACACCAAGAGGACCUACUGGGUUUUUGGGAGCGUGGGACGAAUGAUGAAGAACUCGGAAGUCGAAGGAAUGGGAAAGUUGACAAAGAGCAAUGUGAGACUCAGGCCAAAGCUGCCAUUUGGAAUUAUGGGAGAUAAACAAGGGACUGAGGAGCCUGGUAUGUCGACUGGACAGAAGUCGCUGUACAGGAAAUCUCUCUCAAACCCUGAUUUCACAUCAGAAACCAUGGCCUUGCUUAGUUAUCUCAAGUCAGAUUUUUCCAACCUGAAGGUUAGGAACUCUGGCGAGAGGAGCGGGUCAUAUGGCAGCUUGCCCGCCGAACAAAGUGAGACUGAGGCAAUGGACGGGGAGAUGCUUUGCGUUGAGAAUUCCACCGCAGCGAGCUUUGGAGGGAGGCUGACCCUCAAGGAGCUUACUGAAACACUUCGUCAAACGAAGAUGGGUGCAUCCAACAGCAGCAUCAGCAGCGAGAGGUCCCUAUCCAACGCCAACAUUUCUGACAACUUCACAGUGCCAGACUCCCUCGACGACUCGGAGGGCAAGGAGGUCGGGGAAAACAGCGGGCGCAGCUUGUCGGCCAGAGUCAUGGAAGCAUUGGAGAACCGACCUCGGACGAAGCGCGAGGCUGCCUUAAAAGUGGCAACGUGUGCGUCGCACCAGGAGCUGCCGAUUGGCGGCGACGCGCUGCGGAGCUACCCGGGAGUUGGGAGCGAAGUCGCAAGUUGGGUUUAUGACAACGAUGACGAGGACGCCAACGGCGAGGACGACGAAGAUGGAAUGAUGGAAGCGUUGAGAAUGAGCGUGGAAAGCGAGGACGGCUUCAGGAGUAUGGGGUCGCUGGAGGGCUUGCGCCGCGUGCGGCCCCAGCUGGAGGACCUGGAGGAAGAGGAGUCGAGCAUGACCGACGAGGGGAUCGUGACGGAGCCGGAGACGGGGGCGGUCGCUGGCUCCUACAGCCGUGGCGUGGCCAAGUCCAGGCAGCUCAGUGGGGUCGGCGAGGUCGACGGCCAAGAGAAAACGGAGAAUUGGCUCCGAAGGGAGGUGGCGCCCACCGUUGUGACGACGGUGAGGAGCGGCGUUGACAGCAUCUCCAUGGAGGGCGACAUCAAGGGUGGAGGUCCGGCGUCGGCAGAGCCGCCGCUCACACCCAGCACGUCUCGGCGGCGUCGCAAGUUUUCCGCCCUCGGCAACAACGGCUCCGACUCGAGCAACGGGAGCAACGGGGAAUCGAACGGCGAGAGCUACCGCUCACUCAGCGACCCGAUGCCCCACAGAAAAUGUCCGGCCGCCGAGGAAACGGAAAUCUUUCCGGUGGACAGCAACUUCCUUGGCUCGCUGGGGCCGUCGCGAGCUGGGAUAAUCCCGGGAUCGUCGGCCACGAUGCUGGCGGAGUGCGGCGCGAGCGCGGCCAGCGACCUCUCCGUGUGCAGCGAGGAGGUGAAGGACUACAGCACGAUGAUCCACAACAUCGUGAACGAGCCCGGCGCCAUGGACAAGGUGGUCGACGAGAGGGGCAACGGGAAGGUGGUCAAGAAGAAGUCCCUGAGCGACCCGAGCCGCCGCGGAGACGGGGGGAUGGUGGCGGCCACGGGGUCGCGACUGUUGGCAGAGACGAUCAGCGAGACCGAGGCCAUCGCUGGGAUUCCGUCGGCGCGUAGCGAGCCCACGCUUGCCGAGAAGAGAGCGGAAGAUCCCGGUGACCCGGACGACUUCGGCAAGCCGCGCUCGCAGUCCGAGAAGACCCUGCCUUUGCCUUCCGGCGACGAAGACUACGGGGUGGGUUCUCUCCACGCUCCAAUGCAGGACCUAGGAUUUGACCCCAAGCUGCUGUCGCCACGAAUCGUGCGGCGAAACUCCAAGAAGCGAAGCAUUCGAGUGCUGCAGAAUGAGGGCGGGCGGAAGGAGGACGGGGUGAUGGCGUCAGACGACCAGUCCCAACAAGACCUCAUUGCCACGGCGGAAGACGUGGAUCUGUCCGUGGAGGAUUUAAGAUGCGCGGCCACCGAACUGCAGCGCUCCCACUCUGAAGACUCGGCCUUUAUUCGCAGGCCUCUGGCGGAUGAUUAUGCGAAAGAUGCGGCCUGCACGCCGACCGCCGGAUACCCGCCGGAUGGCGGCCUGGUGCAGCGUAAGCUGCAGAACCUCGGCGGUGGCGUCAACGCGAUGGCACCGACAGCGGUUGUGGCAGCCACAUCUGUGGUGGCUGCAGUGCCCGCAGCAGGCUCCCCUGCUGGUGUCUCCCGGGUGCCCUCGGUCAAGUUGGCCACGUCGGAGGUGGUUCCCACGGCAACCGUCUCCACGGCGCAAACCCUGAGCAAGAGUCGGGCCCAGGAGACGCCUCCUGUGGAGCCAAUCGUCAAGGCCAAAGUGGAUAUGCGCAAGCACGUGAUGAUGAACCUCCUGGAUACGGAGCGCUCUUAUGUCGAGUCCCUGCGCACGCUGGUCCAGGGCUACCUGGGGCCGCUGAAGCAGGCAGAGAGCGCGGGGUUGUGCGACCCGGCGCUGGUGGACGACAUGUUCUUCCAGAUCCCCGAGAUCCUGGAGCACCACGAGCGCUUCCUCGAGCAGCUCACGGGCUGCGUGCAGUGCUGGCACGAGCGCCAGACCGUCGGCGACAUCAUCAUCGAGUCGUUCUCAAAGGACAUUCUGGCCAAUUCUUACUCGGCGUACAUCGAUAACUUCCUCAAUGCCAAGGAUGCCGUGCGGUUGGCGAAGGAAGCGAAGCCGGCAUUCAACCGCUUCCUGGAGCAAUGCAUGCGGGAGAACAAGGAGAAGCAAGCGCUGGCGGAUUUGAUGAUCAAACCAGUGCAGAGGAUCCCACGAUAUGAGCUUCUCAUCAAGGACCUGCUGAAGCACACCCCCGAGGAGCACCCGGACCACAGCAGCCUGACGGUGGCGCAGCGCGACGUGCGCCUGCUUGCCGAGCGCAUCAACCAGGGCAAGCGCGACGCCGAGGAGGCCGAGCGGGCGGCCCGCGUCCUGCAGGAGGUGGAGGCGCACAUCGAGGGCGCCACCGAGCUCGUGGCUCCGCUCAGGAAGUUCUUGAAGCAGGAGAUGGUCGUGGAAGUGAAGGGCGCUGGGGGAAAGAAAGAUCGAUCACUGUUCCUCUUCACGGACCUGCUGCUCUGCACGACGCUCAAGAAGAAGUCGGGCUCCCUGCGACGCAGCUCCAUGAACCUCUACACGGCCGGCUGCGUGAUCGACACGUCCAGCAAGUACAAGCUGCUGUGGAAGGUCCCCCUGGAGGACGUGGACGUCAUGAAGGGCCUGCUGGCCCCUGCCCCGAGCCGGGACAGUCUCCACAAGGCGUUGACGCGGCUGGAGGGGGACUUCAGCACCCUGAGCCAGAUCAGCACGCUGGCCGAGACGCUCAGCAUCACCCACCAGACCCUGGACGAGGUGAUCAAGGAGCUGAUGGCGUGCGUCAACCGCGAGCUGUCCGAGCGCCAGCUCCUCGCGGCCUCGGCCUUCGCGACGGUGCCGCCGUCCGGCUCGACGCAGUCGCUGACGUCGCCGCUGUCGGCCGGCGUUCCCGGACUGGCGGGGGCCGUGGGCUCGGCGGCCCCGCUGGGCGGGGCCCUGGCGGGCUCGCUGGGGGGGACGCUUGCCCCCGCGCGCCUCGAGCUGUCCGUCGCCCCGUCGGCGCCCGACGCCUCCCCGGAGUCGUUUGUCUUCGAGUUCACGGGCGGGGAGCCCAGGGCGGCUUUCGAGCAGAUGCUGGAGGAGACGAAGCGCAAGCUGGCGCAGACAAAGGACCGCUGGGACCCCGAGUUCCUCAAGGCCAUUCCCAUCAUGAAGACGCGCAGCGGCAUGCAGUUCUCGUGCGCUUCGCCGAGCCUCGGCGCGUGGGACCACUCCUCCGAGGUGUGGGUGUGCAACAGCGACGGCUACGUAGGCCAGGUGUGCCUGCUGAGCGUGCGGCCCGACCCCAUGGUGGAGGCCUGUAUCGCCGUCUGCUCCGCGCGCAUCCUCUGCAUCGCGCCCGUGCCUGGGCUGGGGCGCGGCACCAGGGAUCGUCCUGCGUCUCACCGGCCGCUGCCGGAGAUCCCAAGCUCCGACGACAUCGGCUCGCCGCCCGCCCUCGACCCGGCUGCCGUCGCCACCUCUUCGUCGUCGUCCUCCUCCUCCUCCUCGUCUCCCUCGCAGCUCCAGGCGGGCGAGCAGAGGCCCCCUCGUGUGGGCGCCGCGGGGAACCCGUUUGCGAGCGACGCGGAGGAGUCGGAGGGGGAGGCCUUGUCCCCGACCUCAAGGCCGCGUGGUCGCGGGUCCAAGCAGCCGGGCGGAGCGCGGGACGGGCGCCCGGAUUUCACGCUGAGCCUGGACGACCGUACGGCCUCGAAGGACCCGGGGGCGGAGACAACAAGCUCGGACGACGAGCACGAGGACCCCGCACGGCCGUCCAUAUCGAGCGCCUGCAGCGCCUUCCAGCCCGUCGCCUCCGCAGGCUCCAUCGCUGUGGUGACGGCGGCCGCGGCGGCCGCGGCGGACGGACGGGCGAUGAGACGGACGAGCCGGGGCUCCUUCCAGGCCAGUCUGGAGGAGCUGCUCAGCAUGGACCCCGAGGCCCACACCAGCUCCAUGUGGCUCGGCACCGAGGAUGGGUGCAUCCACGUUUACCAAUCGUCGGACAACAUCCGUAACCGCAAGAACAGCCUCAAGAUGCAGCACCCAGCCGCCGUCAUGUGCAUCCUGUACCUGGACAACAAGGUGUUUGUGUCGCUGCUGAACGGAGACCUCAUUGUGUACCAGAGGGAGGCAGGCUGCUUCUGGGACUCUCAGCACUCGCACACCCUCACCGUGGGCUCCCCGGGCAACCCGGUCACCAAGAUGGCGCACGUGGCCGGCCGCCUGUGGUGCAGCUGCCAGAACAUCAUUGUCGUCAUCAACACCGCCAACCUCGUCCCGGAGCACACGUUCACGGUGGGGAGUGAUGCGUCGCGUGCCGUCUCGUGCCUCGUGGCGUCGGGGCUCGGCGUGUGGGUCUCCGUGCAGAGCAGCGCCUCCGUGCGCCUCUACCACGCGCAGACGCGCGACUGCCUGGCCGAGAUCGACGUGGCGCCCGCCGUGCACAAGAUGCUCGCAGGCGCCGACGCGAUCAUCCGGCAGCACAAAGCGGCGUGCCUGCGCGUCACGGCGCUGCUGGCCUGCAAGGACAUGCUGUGGGUGGGCACGAGCGCCGGCGUGCUGCUCACCCUGCCGCUUCCGCACAUCCCGCCCAAGCUGCCCUCCACGGCGCGGCAGAACGCCGCGGCCGCUCCGUUGCCGGCUCCCGUCACGGUGGCGGCGGCGACGGCGGCGACGGCUACGUCGCCGUUAGGGAUCCAGGGGCCGCCCCUCCUGGCCCAGCUGUUGCCCAUGGGCUCGACACACGGCCACACGGGCCACGUUCGCUUUCUCACCUCCAUCGAGCUGCCACUGGACGCGGUUGCUGAGACUGGGCCGGUCGGAUCGGCCGACAAAGGCCGCCUGGGCACCAUCUACGACGGAGGUUGCGUGAACCCUCACCACCAACAGCAGCAGCAGCAGCACACGUGGGCUCGCCAGGGCUCCGCGCGGCGCCGGGCCCAGGCCGCCGCUCCCCCUCGCACGCGCACGCUCGUCAUCAGCGGCGGAGACGGCUACGAGGACUUCCGGCUCAGCGGAAGCAACGAAUCCGCCGGGCGGGAUGACAGCACCAACCACUUGCUGCUGUGGCGUGUCUGAUUGGGCGGGUCUCACAAGCAGCGCCAGCUGUUGCUGUGGCCCGGGG